AGGUGCUCUUAAAUAAAAAUUUCUCUUUCCAAGCUGACAAGAACAAAGCAAGAUCGCUGUGCCUGCUUCGAUAAUGGAGAGAAAAUCAAACAGGAGAGCAAAGGAAUCUGAAGAAAACCACAGCAACUUCGAGGGCUCUGAGCAAGACAAGGACUAUAAAACGUCUCUGAUUACUCUGAAUGUUGGUGGCUAUCUGUACAUCACACAAAAACAAACACUAACCAAGUACCCAGAUUCUUUCCUCGAAGGUAUCAUCAACGGAAAAAUAAUGUGCCCGUUUGAUGCAGAUGGACAUUACUUCAUAGACAGAGAUGGACUCCUGUUCAGACACAUUCUGAACUUCCUACGAAAUGGAGAACUUCUUCUACCGGAAGGGUUUCGAGAAAAUCAACUUCUGGCACACGAAGCAGAUUUCUUUCAGCUGAAGGUCUUAUCGGAUGCAGUGAAAUCGAGGUGGGAGAAGGAGCAGCUCGCAUCUCGAGAGACCACUUUCCUGGAAAUAACUGACAGCCACGACCGCUCGCAGGGGCUCCGGAUCUUUUGUAAUGCUCCUGAUUUCAUAGCAAAAAUAAAAUCCCGAAUCGUACUGGUGUCUAAAAGCAGGCUGGAUGGAUUUCCAGAGGAGUUUUCAGUCUCUUCGAAUAUAAUUCAAUUCAAAUACUUCAUAAAGUCUGAAAACGGUACGCGACUUGUGCUGAAGGAGGACAACACCUUCGUCUGCACCCUGGAAACUCUUAAGUUUGAGGCAAUUAUGAUGGCUUUAAAAUGCGGAUUCAGACUGCUGACCAGCCUGGAUUGUUCCAAAGGAUCUAUUGUUCACAGCGAUGCACUUCAUUUUAUCAAGUAA